AUGUCUUCGCACUUCCAAAAGCAGAAACCAGUUGAAUGGAUUUCUUCAUUGAUCCAGCGCUAUCAGGAUCAGUUACCUACGCUCACUGGUCGCACUAUCGACCGAGAGACGAGAGAAUUACUCAAUACAACACAUUCUUGCAUCAUCAACGUCAGCAAACAUCAUUUUCAUCUGGUUUUGCUAGCUUUGCUACGGGUACUGAAAGCUGUGAACGCGAGCCGUUGGACUUCUCAGGUUGCACUCUCGCAAUCCCGGCUGGUGGUUUUGGAAACACUACUAGCCUGUCUGAAAGAGACAUUGCAAUUCUGGUCCCCAAGAAAAGAGCAUCUCGAGCCACUCUGCAGUAUGUUGAGCAACAUCUUAUGGCGAUGGAUCGAGCGAUACCCUGAUCUCUUCAGUGCUCUCCAACACAGCCCCCAAAACCAAAUUAGCGAGGUCUGCGACGGUUUAUUCAACAUCAUGAACACUGCCGAGUUAAAACGGAGGGCCAUUUGCUGGCCGGUGCAAAUGUUGUUGUUGGCCAUCUCUCCGUGCUCAUUGGAAGCGAUUGCCCAUGCUGAGACAGAAUCUGUUCACCUGCCCCCCAUGGUUGUCGCUAAGAGGCAAUUUGUCGAUCAAGUCGUCUCCACAAUAGCUGCCUACAAUACUGGCCAGCGACCAAUUUGGUCCACCCAGCUUCAGGCGGCCUGCCACGCCGGCGUCAACCUAUGUAAAUGCGCCACAUAUGUCAAUUUAUCCGAUUUUUUCGUGUUCAACGUCGUACAACAGCUUAUAGAACAUGUCAAGGGUGUACUGCUAACUGGAUCUCGCCCCAGGGAAAUUGAGCGUUCGGUGCUCGUUGACUGCUUUGUAGCUUUGUUUCGGCUAAAAUUUGACAACGAUAUGUUCCGGGUGUGUCUCACCAGUAAUCAACCUAUCCUCCAAUUAGUAUUGAUCGAAGCGUUGCACAUUAUUGCUUCUGAGCCCAUCCCUAGAAUGUCGUGGUGGCCCAAGAUAGACAUGGUUAUGUCUCGUUCAGAUCAACUGCGCACCCUUCUAAUGCAGGUUCUGGAGAAGGUGGUAGAAGCGGACCCGGUGCCUUCCGGCCAUCUACCUCUUUCCGUUAGCCGGGUUGGUGGUGCUGUUGAGAUCACGGUGGAUGAGGUGUGCAUUGAGACGGUCGUUUCUGGGUUAGUGCUCCUCAUCGAUCAUCCAAGCCUUCACACUCCUGCAAUGCAAGCAUUGCUCGCCUUACAUACCGUAAUCCCGCAGUGGAAUACCGCAAGUCCACAGGCAGCCCUCGCGACAUUCUUUAGCGUUAGCUCGCAUAUGCUAUUUGCCGUUUGCCAAAAAUUGAUUCAUUUCCAAACAUCGUCUGCAGAGCACGUAAUUUCAUGGAUGCGAGCACUAUUACAAUGCAGAAUAGAUUACCUUCGGGAUAACUAUCACUUUAUUACCGAAGAAAUGAUGGAGGGAAUCACAUAUCAAUCGCUGGUGGUGUGUUUUCUCUAUAUGUGGAAUUGCGAUCCGGAUCUUGUACAAUGCUGCUUUGCCCUAUUUGGGCUACAUUUGGAACAAGGCUCCAUGCUGCCAAAUUCCCAAAUUGAUUUAUCACUGGCUAGGCACCUAUCUACCGCGCCACAUAUUGUAACUGCGGGGCGAAUCGCUCUUCAGAAAAGUGUUUCCCGCCACCUCCGAUCUCUGACACACGCAAAUUCUGCAGUCCAUGAAGCUUGGCACGAAACCUUGCGCGUUUGGGAGCUUUUUACUGCUCAGCUUGUCACUGGUUCUAAAGAUCAUGCUGAUUUUGUAGAUCAUGUAACACGGGUAACGACUGGUGCAGCGGUGACUUCAGCACAGGAUGCUGCAGCAUCGUUAGUUGAUGCAUGGUCCUCCAUGAGUGGUUUUUUAUGUUCCCUCGCACAUCUAAUCUAUGCAAAAGAACCUAAUCACGUUGCCAGUUUCAUCACCCGAAUUCUUUCCGUCCUGCGAACAAAUGAAGCAAAAGAAGGCAAAGAUGGCAAGGAAAGCAAGGAAAGCAAAGAAAAAUCAGAGAAGAACGAUGCGACCAAGGGAUUGAUGUGUAAAUGUGUUAAGGAGCUUCUUUCAUAUGAACUUUCCUCAUCAUUGGAUCAUUUCCUAUUCCAUUCCGUUUCGUCGGCACUUUCCCAACAUACAAUGUAUCACAAUUUCGUCGAGCACUGUAUUUACAUCAUCAAAAACCUAUUGUCGCGACGUCAAGUGGUCGUUCUACGCGUCGACUCUACUCAACAAAUGCUGCAUGCUCUCCUCCUUCAUUCGCAACAAACAAACGACCGCUCGAUUAUCAACAGAAUGCAAUUCAUGAAGAAGAUGGGUGGUCUUUUACAGCUGAUUCUGGCCAACGGGGCGACUCGUCGAAUCCCACCAUCACUUCAGUCAAAACUGGUUGAAUACCUGUCGUGCUGCCUUGGAUCAUUGCCGCCCAUUCAUCCAUGGACGCAGAACCGAAUUGAAACGCUUCAUACGGUUUUCUUAGCAUUGGCCAAACUUCUGAUGAACAUUGGGAUUUCGAUCCCGGCAAAAACCUUCAUAUUGCUUUAUGCACAAAUUCUCGAAGCUAUGCAAGAGCCGUCCCUUUCACAAGCAUCGCCGGUAUUGAGCCGAACACCACUUGAGGAGCCCUUGAUGCAUCCCGGAGCCGUUGAAAUGACGCGUAAAACGAAUGAAGCUGGGCUAGCUGCAUUAGCAGGGCUGAUCCAUGCUAACCCAGAACAAGGAGUGCUAAGUGUCAUCGAAACGACUAGCGAUUCGAGCCGCCGAAUGAGAGGAUGGGCUUUGGAUGCGCUGAGUCGUGUAUUGCGGACGGAUGGGCAUGGCCAAAGAACGAUUAGCGGUGGCAUGGAACGCGAAGGUCGACAUGGUGAAUUGCUACGUCUCCUUACCGUUACCAGUGAAGACGGCUCGUUACCGCUCGUAGAAGUGUUAGCAAACUCAGCGCCGGACACUUCUGAUCGCAUUUUCCGAGUCAUCGUGACGACAUUUUCUGAAAGAGGUCGUCUUUGUGAUCUGCUAUGGGCAAUACUGACAGCCGAGGCGGAGGCAGCAAUUAGCCCAAGUACUCUCUACAGAGGCUCGUCAUUUGCUGCCAAAUUGAUCGGAUAUUGUUUCCGCGUGUUCGGACACGCUUAUCUCGUUACCACUCUUCGACCGUUGAUUCAAGAAAUGAUGCACGGUGAUCAGGGAAGCUUUGAGAGCGAGAGCGAACGUGUUGCACAAAGUCAAAAGGCCGCGCAGAAGGCAUUUAGCCAAAUAUUUGACUCGUUAGAGCAAUUCCCUCCAAAGCUACGAAUCUUGUGCCGGCAACUAUACAUCGUCAUCAACACCCGCUUUCCAAAUAGCGGACUUUCGGCGCUUGGCAAAAUCUUAUUCUUGCGUCUUUUUAACCCGGCUAUAGUCACCCCGUAUGAAAUGCAACUAUGUACCAAGCGACCCUCAAAGCAGUUAGCGAGAAGUUUGAUGGUUGUUUCAAAGAUUCUCCAAACGACGGUGAACCAACCAACAAGUUCCCGCGACAGUUCUAUGAGACAUUUUGCUGAGUUUAUAGCCUCAAAGGUCCAACCCGUCAACUGGUUUUUAUCGGAGGUCAUCGGUAAAGAGGUGAUCGAGUCGGAACUUAGAUCCUCACCCCCAUCUCUUAAUGCUCAUCUCAUGUUUAAUGUACAUUCACUCUUUCUAAAUGACAAGCAAGAGAUUGUCCGGUUGCUGCGCUACACAAAUGCAUCGUCAAACUUGUGUUCAAGAGUUGAUGCACUACUGCAAAGCCUUCCUGAUGAGCCUCCGCUACCGCCCGUAAACCCUGAGGGGCUGGAUCCGACACUGCCUUAUUUUUUCCAAGUGGCUUCAAGUUCAACAGGAAUCCCAAUUUACGCGCUGAUCUUGCGCAGGCGAUUACAAAAUGUGGAGGCCGAAACCGCAGUAAAGCUGAUUUCCGAUCGAUGUGGUCGUAGCAAAUGGAUUUGUCUACUGGACGGGAUGUGUUGCUACGAUCCACCACACCUGCAAAAAUUAAUGUCGGCCGAUUCGUUUGCCCAUAUUGAUUCCGUACUGGUUUUGCACUGCUCCACUCCGCUAUUUGCACGUCUACAUGAUCAUUUUGCCUUGUUUAAUACACUGCACAUAUCUUUCGAUCCGGUUGGAGCAAGAAUACCACUCGACGCAUUGCCAGUUCUCUCCAGACUGGUUAUGUCUGAAGAGGAAUUCUCACUGGAGGCAGAGUUGAUAGCUGCUGAACAAGUGCAAGUUGAAUGGAUCGACGAUCACACAAUUGCAUUGGUACACAAUGAAACAGUUGUAUCGAUAAGAUUGGAGGACCCUAUGCGGUUACUCGAAAAGAUUGCCGCCGUCAGAGAUCGGCAAGGGGAUGCUGAGCGAGCGAUUAAAGCGCCCUUUCGGGCUCAUUCGACGCAGCUCGUUUGUCUAGCUCUAGUGCAUCUUGUGGAUAUUGAUGCCGGUGUUAGAGCGACAGCAUAUAGUCUUCUCUAUUCAUUAGCUGCUACCCUUCCAUUGCCCAUCUCCGAAUUACUCCAGGAGACACCGUGUGUUCUUGUUCCUUCGGGAUGCACGCGUCUUGUUCGCCCCAUUGUUACAGCUUUAAUCGAAGCCAAUCCAGCGUUGAUAGGAUCAUUGCUUCCACGAAUUCUUGAGAAUCCAAAUAUCACGUUGAUUGAUUCUCUCCAGAACGGAUGGUCGGCACUAACCGAUGUCUCCGAAGAAAUCCGCACCGAUUGCAUUGCAAGGCUUGUGACGGCCUGUCUUGAGGGAGGAACAAUCGCGGCAUUGAUUUGUAGUGUCGUAUGGCCAAAAAUCGGCGAGUUGGAUGAACGCGUCCUACAGACUGUCAUUGAUCGGCUUCUAAUCGUAAAGCCCUUAUCGGCUACGUUAGAUAUUGUACAAUCUAUAUCGUCUUCGUCCUCCCUGCUGCCAUCUUUGUUAAUCAAGAGGUGUAUUGAACAGUUGACUCAACCGACACCUGCACAGUCAAACCAGCCUAACAAUCUGCCACGACUCUUAGCAUUUCUCUUAGUGUUGACAUUUGAUUCAGCUGCACUAAAAUUGGACGCCCAUUUGCCAGCAAUCCUACAUGUUGUUGCAUGCGUCGCCGGUAGUGGAUCUCCAUUUGUCCGUUAUGCAACGUUUGCCAUCGUCAACAACAUUUUCCACAGUUUUGGCACUAAUAAUGAGUAUCAUCUAAAUGAUGAGGGGCAUGGCUCGCUUGGCUUAUUUCUACGUCAAUUAUCAUCUUCGGAGUCUAUGAGGUUGUUUCGGGUGACUGAUUGCGACACAGGGCAAGCUGUUGUGAAUGCCGCGAUGCAAUUGGUAGAUCAAGCUGAAGGAACACCGGACGUCGAUGAACUGCGGGUCCCCGAAGAUGAUCUGCCAGCGCUUCAGCCUGUUGGACUCGGCGAUAUCCAUCAACUAUUGACCCUGGUCAUUAGUGUGCUUAAGGAUCUGGAAGCUGCGAUGGAUGGAGGCCAACCAUGGCUCUGUGAAUGGCGCAAUCUAGCAAGACAUUGGGCGUUCAAGGGAUGUGGAGAAAUGCAGAUUCGAUCAUUGAUAGCAUUUUCUUGUUUGGCCGAAACGAUCUCUGACCAGGAAAUGCGAAAUGUUUUUCAAAUACUUGUCCAGGUGGUACGAAGGCGUGACUGUCUAUCCGCGAUGGCCGCUGUUUCGCUUUCAAUGAUCAGGCUGCAUACAUUGACCGCUUCCAAUUCUCCCAUCCACAAAUUAAUAUUUUGGAUAUCUAUUUUGCUCUUCCAGCUAGAACACGCUACGAUUUAUGAAUACGCUAUUCAACUGCUGUUUGCCAAUCUUAGCAACUUAGACCACAUGGGGGUCUUUGAACAUACGUCGCUUGAAAAAUACGUAAUGGAUGCUCGGCUGCCAUUGGAAUGGGAUCUGAAGGCAGUCGACCAAUGCGCUGGCCUCUCUUUCAAGGCCAAUUUUAACUUCGCCCUCCCAUAUCUUUCUGCAAAGGUUGUGCAACUACUUCAACUGCUUUUGCGAAUUACGGCUAAGAGCAACCAUCAGGAUCAAUACGUUCUGACGAUGGAUAAUAUUUCUUAUUUAUUGGCUCUAUUACCAUUCGAUGAAAAGGUACAACAGCGGUUCCGUGGCUUUUCAGUACGUCGAGAUCCGCAGGUGGUGUCGAGGCAAGUACUGGAUGCACCUUGGGACAAAAAUCGUUUAUCGGCACGUCCGAUGGCCGUCUCCCCUUCAACGCCGCUUCUACCGACAAAUUCCCCUUCAACCGCAACUUCUUGGAAUGAAGAGGAAGCCGAAGAAGAUGUUGGAUUGCUUCUUGACCCGGGAAUAAUUUGCGGGGAACAAGCACAAGCAUUAGCCGUAACGGUUUUAGCUAUUCUGGCACGAUCCUGUCCAAACGUACAUUUAAUCCUUGACACUCUCCUUGAGGCGGUUACGGUAUUUCCUACCGUAGUGCCGGUGAUCGAAUGUUUGCUGGACCAACGUAUCGUCGGUUUAGUUCAGUCAUGCCAGUCGGCACCAAUGUUAUCAACAGUCAGACCUCUGCGCUCGGAGAAUCGGUUUCUGGGCCACAGCAAGCUUGUUCUUUUCUACAGCAAUGUGGCUUUGCAGGACUAUGGAGAUAUGCCGGCGCAUUCCUUUCACCGCGUGCCUCACUGCAAGCCAUCAACGCUAAUCUUUGUUCUUGUUUGGAAUGUGUUCUGGCAUCUAUUUGAGUCUGUUUAUUCUGGUCGACCCCUUCCACAAGUCGACGUGUACAUCUCUGAGGUGGUCCCCCUACCGGGGAUUCCUCAUUUUAAAAUGGAAUCGUCCAACUACCCCAAACAAGGCACAUAUGUGCCGCAAAGAACCAUCUACCUCGUUCCAAAAAUCAAGACAAACCCAGUACAACCACAACCAAAACGCUUGCUCGCUCCCCGUCCAACCAUGAUGAUGCCGCGUCCGGUUGCCCCAAUUGCGAUGACACGUCCUCGUGAUUGUCUUCAAGCGCCACAGGACCGAGCUGUUGUACGGAACGCUCCACAGAAACGACCUUCGGCCAACGCAAUUGAAGAUAUUCUAAAUGAUAAUUUGGGACCCUGCCUACCGCGCAAGCGGGAACGGCUCACCCAUCUGACCGCCGAGGAAAAAAUGGACCGCCGAAAGCUGAAGAACCGCGUGGCUGCGCAGACAGCACGUGACCGGAAGAAGGAGCGUACAUAUAAGCUCGAAGAUGCUGUCGAGCGUCUCUUCAAAGAGAACGAGCGGCUAAGAAGCGAAAAUGCGGAAUUGCGAGUCAGGUUGGACCGGCUUGAAGAGAAGAGUCAGGCGGAAGAUAGACAAGCAGUAGUUUGCCAGGCAAAGACCUUUGGAUCAGCAGCAUCCAUUAAUGCGCCCCAGCCGAGGGAUCAGGUCAAGCCGAGCACGUUGCCGCUAAUCUAUCUGAUGACACUCCUCUCCUUAAUGCCCAAGAGCUCCAAGCCAUCUUGUGCGAUCUCAAAGAGAUCGACCUCGACACGCUUUGCGCGGACGUCUUCCAGGACGAUGAGUCUGACACCGACUCAACGCCGUGUACGAGUCGGACUCACGAUUCGUCUGGUCCGUGCUCCUCGAAUAUGGAGCCGCGUCAGC